AUGUUGUCGAAACUCAAGGAUAAGCCCAGACCAGCAAUUGGCGCAUCAUGGAUGAGGAAAAGGAGAGUGCUGCGCUUCUAUGUCGCGCUGCUUCUCGUCGCUGGUUUUACUUAUAAACUGUGGCCCCGCAUCGAGUAUAUACCCGAGGAACCCCCAACAGUUAUACAAAAUAUCCCCAUCGCCUCCUCGGGCGUCAAGUGCGAACCCGACUUGGACGUUCUCCGCCGCCUGGAGGUUCGGAAGCUUUCUCUGUAUGAACGGCGUGAGAUGAUCGUCGCUCGUUCCUCGGAAUCGAAUCUGCCCAUCCGCCAGCGGCUCAAUAUCCCCUUGCUUCAGCAACAAUCGUCGAGCGAUGAGGCUCGUAAGCUGGGUCUGCCAUCGCAGGACGAUUGCUACAUUAAACCCCCAGUUACGGUGCAGGUGCCUCCGUCACCUGCGAAUGUGGAUGCUUCGCAUAUUGACUUUGGCGUUGCUACGACGUUGGAACGGUUGAACGACUCGUUGGACGCCUUUACGCACUGGGCUGGUUACACACGCACUCGUAUUUUCGCCUUGAUUGAACCGGAUGAACGAGUGGAGGAGGUCCAGGCCAAGGCCGAUAGCCUGGGGAUCAACCUGUUCGUGACACAGUCGGAGGAGGAGUAUCUGACUCGAUACUUCUUACUGGUUGCGCAUCUGGCGAAGAACAUGCGGCCGUGGACGCGCUGGGCCUGCAUAAUUGACGAUGACACCUUUUUCCUGUCCAUGGCGGCCUUGGUGGAUGCGCUUGCCGAAUACGACCACACGAAACCCAUGUACAUUGGGGGCGUGUCGGAGAGUGUUUCGCAGAUUGGCUUUUUCGGCCUGCUGGGAUACGGCGGCGCGGGCGUCUUUCUGUCUCGUCCCCUGGUGCAGCAAUUGAGCAACCACGACGUCUUCGAAGCCUGCCAAGCCAUGCCUCACACCGGGGACCGGAGAAUCGCACUCUGCAUAUACCAGCACACGGACACGAAGCUGACGGUGGAUUAUCGACUGCACCAACUCGACAUGCGAGGCGACGUGUCGGGGUUCUUCGAGUGCGGGCGCGAACCACCGCUAUCCGUGCAUCACUGGAAGUCAUGGUUCCAGGCCGACAUGGCUAAACUCAGCGUCAUCACGAAUCUCUGCGGGGAUAAGUGUUUACUGCGCCAGUGGCAGUUUUCAGACGGCUGGACCCUCACCAAUGGCUUCUCCAUCGCCAAAUACAGUACCGAGAUCGACGUGGACGAUAAGACCAUGGAGCUCUCGUGGGUCGGCAACAAAGAGUCGUUCAUGCAUGCGCUCGGUCCUCUCAGGCCCAAGGACAUGGGCAAAUUCAGCUAUAUUCUCGAGGACUCGGUGUUCUUUGGCAACCAAGUGCGCCAAUGGUACGUCCACCGCGACGCCAAGAACGGCGACCAGAUCAUCGAGUUGAUCUGGAAGACAGCGUAG